CUGAGAAAUUUGAAAAACAAUGUUAUGUUUUACUGUAAUCUAGAAUAUGUUAAAGCUCUCUAUCAGAAAUAUUCAUUUAGAUGUGACUUGAUGACUUGCAUGCAUAAGAAAUUCAGUCACUUAGAAAGUUCUGAACUUAUGAGUGUACUUAAAUCAAGAACUAUUAAAAAAUCUGAUCCUGGUCCCAGACACAGUCACACGGUCAGUCUAAGCAUGACUGAGAACAUUCAGAUGUACACUCAUAAGUGCCUAAAUUAUCAGAUUGUAAAAGAAUCUAAGAAAGAGUUGAAAUAUGAGAAAGUACAAUAUCAGAUGAAAUUCAUGAAAGCAGUUUCAGAGAUGAUAGAGAAGAUGAUGAUGAAGUUUCUACAUAAUGAGAUCUAUAUUAACUAUGAAAUGUCAUGUGAGAUUCUAACUGAUAACAGUGCAAAUCUU